CUAACUCAACAAAAUAUAAAUAUGAUUUAGCCCUUUCCUUCUUUUUAUUUGUGUCAGUAUAUUAGAUUUGGGAGCUUUUUUUGUCUUCUUGUUCAAAGUAAUGAAAGAUCGCCAAUGGUCGUAUAAGUUAUACCCGAAUCAUCAAUAAAAUAGGAUAUUAAAUUAAAAGACACAAGGCAUAUUUAGUAUUUACCCUUAGUAACUUAAAAUUGUUUUUCUUUUAUCUCCUAGUAUGCACUGUUAAGUGUCAGUUGCAAUGACAGUGCAGUGGGUGAUGGGCAGUGAUGCCAACUUGGGAUUUUUCCCCCCAAAUUUAGGUGGAAUUAAGAUGGGUUUUUAGGUGGUACAUUUAUUAAUCAGGAAACUUAUUUUUAUUUCAUAAAAAAGGCUCAAUUCUAACCAAUUCAUAUUAAGCCUCGGAACUUCUUAAAAAAAUUAAACCAAAUAUAAACUCCAAGCGUCUCUAUAACUGAAGUACCAAAAAGCUAUUAUACUCAGAGAUCGAAAUAACAGCUAUUUAAUACUACUUGAAUAUUUUAAUGCAUAUUACCGAAACAAGUAUACAACAAAAACUUACGGGGUUUUUAAUCGAUAUUGAGGGCUAUUUGUAGUUGGUUCUAGGCGAAAAAUUAUGUAUGUGAUGUAUAUCACUGGCUAUGGGUAAAAGUUAAAAUCCCUGAGAAACAUGAUUUACACAGUUAGAAAUGUAAACAAUAUUAUUUUAUCAUGAUAAAUAAAUGUUAAUAUAUCUUUGUUGUUAAACGAAACUGGAGGCGUAAUCUUGAAGACUCUUUAAUUCAAGGUUAAAAUUGUCUAAAUAGUAUGCAAAUAGUCAUGAUACAAAAAUGCAUGGAUCAAGAAGAGUUGUGGUUUUUUGCCUUCUCACUACUGUCUUACCAUCAAUACUAAUAAUAUCUCCAUUAUACCUAAGACAUAUAAAAUAUGCAGAUGUAAUGUACAAAAUAUCAGAUUCUGAUGUAAUACAAAUACACAAAGGCCAAUCAUCAAUAUUUUGUGAAAGACAUUCCUUAAAAAUGAAUAAUACAUUUAAUGCAUUCCAAAUGGAAGGGCGGCCCCAUUUAUCAAAAAAUAGAAAACAUAUAACAUUAAGGAAAUCUAUGUCCUUGCCUGAUGAUACACUUGAAUAUUGGGGAUUUUACCUCUUUGCUGGAGCCACUGUUGAGUUAAAGGCAUGCUCUAGAUAUGAAGGAUCUAAAAUAUUGGUUGUGAAAGGAGAUAAGACAUUAGACACUUGUGGAAUCUUGGAAGGUAAUAAGUACAGGAAAGAUACCCCUUUGAUAAGUAAAAAUGAAAAUGUUUCAGUUACACUUCAAAGUCCAGAUAUUGAUAAUCUUCUAGAACUGAAGGAAGACUUAAACAGUCAAAGAGAAACAGUUACUGAUAAUUAUGAAAUUGCUAACACCGAAAAAACAUCUGAAGCAGAAAGAAUUAAAAGAGACACAUUAAGUCCAUCUUUACACAAUCCUAACACUCUUUUGGACACUGGAGUAAACCAUGGGGGAAAUGCCAAUCCUAAAUUAAAACUACAAGAUGAUGCAUCAGUAUCUAGUUUUGAGAACAAUCUUCAUGAAUGUUACAAUGAAAAUAUGAUCAUAAAUGAAUAUUUUCCAUAUUCAAUUCAAUGCAAUAAUACAAGGUAUUUAGAAGUUACAACAACUCUAAAAGUUGUCCAUGAUGUUACCAUAGAUGGAUAUUAUUAUUACAUCUUUUACAGUGAUAAUGACUUUGUUGUAAAUGAUGUUCAUGCCAUAUUUGAUAUUUACAAACCUAUCUUUCAAUAUUCUAAUAUGUCUGACACUAAAGUGUGUAUAAAUAAAACUGAAUGUUAUUUUGGUAUUGAUUUGUUCAGUGAUGAAUUAGUUAUUGUAGAUGUUCCAACAAGAGAUGGGUUAAGAAAUGAGGAUACAUCAAUAUUAAUAUCAGUGUGCCAUCCUCGAAUGUCUGUAUAUAUAAUUUUUCCUGUCUCUGUUUUAUUGUUAGUUCUUUUAUUUGCAUUUUUAUGAUAUUGCAUUAAAGUAGUUGUGUACUCGUUUUUGAUAAAAGCAAAUAUUGCUGAGAGCAAGACAUUAAUUUAUUGACUAGGUACCUAAGCAUUUAUAUUUUAUAGAUAUUAGACAUUUAUGUAUAUAAAGUUCUCGGAUAAGACUGUGAUGUUAUUUUGCCUGAUAUAUUAUUUUAUUGUUAUGAAGAUUAAAGAUAAUUAUUACACUUA